CUACUGUGCUGUACAUCAGUGGAACGAGGAGGAGAGCCAUUGGAAACACCUUCGAGGCAACAGAAAAGUAAAUGAAUGGUCCAAAAUGGAAAUGUGAAAGGAAAUGGAGGAUGAAUUUGUUUGUGGCUUUUCCAGAUAAACCAGGAUGAGAAGGAAGAAAACAAGGUUGACCGCCUCCUGGUUCAUUGAAAUGACGUGGAAACAACGUUGAUACAACCAGUUUGUGUCCAGUGGGUAUCACAUAUAGUAAGCCCCAGACUGACUGGACGACUCUCAAGUUGAGAAGGUGGUUGACCAUGGAGAUGUCUGAGGACAUUGUUUAUGCCAAUGAAGCAGUUAGAGGAAAACAAAGUGUUUCAGGGGACCAUUUUUAUAAUAGAGGAGACGACAUCUAUGAAGACAUUUAUGAAACUCCAGACACCAUCAAGUUUAAUGACUUCAGAAACAAGACUGAGGAUGUUAAGCCAAGGAGCAGACCAGGAGCUAACCUCUCAGAGUCUGAGCAACCAGAGAAGAGACCUUUAAGAGCUGCAGCAGUGUGUCUGGGGCUGCUGAGUGUUCUCCUACUGUCUGGGAUCAUAGGACUGUACCUCUACUAUGACAGAGUAUAUAACAACUUGACUGAGGACAGGGACCAGUUACAGACUAGUUACAACAAUCUGAUUGAGGAGAGGGACCAGUUACAGACUGGUUACAACAAUCUGAUUGAGGAGAGGGACCAGUUACAGACCCGUUACAACAACCUGACUGAGGAGAGGGACCAGUUACAAACCAGUUACAACAAUCUGACUGAGGAGAGAGACCAGUUACCGAGGGAGAGAGACCUGCUGGUUUGGAGAGCUGAGAGAAGCGGUUGUCCUGUUGGGUGGAGGAAGUUUGACUGCAGCUGUUACUUCCUCUCCAUCGUGUCUAAAACCUGGGAGGAGAGCAGACAGGACUGUCUGAAUAGAGGAGGAGACCUGGUGAUCAUCCAACGCAGAGAGGAACAGGACUACAUAAAGACGUUGAACCUCUACCAGGUGAUGUCCUGGAUUGGUCUGACUGAUGAAGAGAGUGAGGGUCUCUGGACGUGGGUGGACAACACACAGCUAACUACAGCAGAGUACUGGCAUCCUGAUGAACCGAAUGGUGGAAGAGAGGAGAACUGUGGAAUGAUUCAGAUGAAUUAUGAUGCCUGGAAUGACACCUCGUGCUCUGCAGCGCUCCCCUGGAUAUGUGAGAAAUAUGCAUAUUGCAGCCUGGGAAAAAUGCCCUUGUGUGCCUUAGAAAACCCCAGAGACUCCACAGACACAUCCCCACAGGCGUCCAACAUUGCCCCCAGGAGGUUUUGCUGUGUGUAA